UUUUUGAUAUCAUUACAAUUUUAAUUAUAACAAAUAGUUCUUACUUCAAAACAAAAACUGGACACCAAGGACCUAAGUUUUUUUAGAUGACGUCAUACACCUUGACAGUGUUGCCAUAUUUUAAUCACUUCCGUUAUUUCCGACUUGUCUUCGAUUAGUGCCUUCGUCAGCGCUGAAACGUCUAAUUAAUAAAAAAAAUAACUGGAAUAGGAGAAAGGCGGUGUCCCUCAUAUAUUCCCAUAAAAAUUAAAUUCUUCAAUCAAGAUGGAUGGUGGCGGCUAUUCCGGCGACGGAGAUUUGGGUAAUUCGAAAAAUGGUCAAAAUGCACCGGGGAGGAAAUUGCAGCAAACACAGGCAAAAGUUGACGAAGUCGUUGGAAUAAUGAAAGUAAACGUCGACAAAGUUUUAGAAAGGGAUCAAAAACUUUCGGAACUUAACAACCGAGCGGAUGCUCUUCAAAUCGGCGCCAGUCAGUUUGAGCAACAGGCCGGAAAAUUGAAGAGACAUUAUUGGUGGAAAAAUCUGAAAAUGAUGAUCAUCAUCGGCGUGAUUGCUACCGUCAUUCUGAUUAUCAUCAUCGUUUCGAGCCUGCCAAGCUCUGACGAUACGCCUGCAAAAAAUUAAGGUUUGAAUGAUCAGUAAAAAAAAAAAAAA